UAAAAGAGGGUAAGUGUUUACUUCCGUUACAUGCGCAGUACUUGCUUCCUCUUACACCAACAUGUCGAAGAGAGGUAGAGGAGGUUCCUCCGGGGGGAAGUUCCGAAUCUCCCUCGGUCUGCCCGUUGGGGCAGUCAUCAACUGUGCUGACAACACAGGCGCCAAGAACUUGUAUGUUAUUGCUGUCCAUGGCAUCAAGGGACGUUUGAACAGGUUGCCAGCUGCUGGCUCUGGAGACAUGUUUGUUGCAACUGUCAAAAAGGGAAAACCGGAGUUGAGGAAGAAAGUUAUGCCAGCAGUGGUCAUCCGGCAACGAAAACCAUUCCGAAGGAAGGAUGGUGUCUUUAUAUACUUUGAAGACAAUGCAGGAGUUAUUGUCAACCCAAAGGGUGAAAUGAAAGGUUCGGCCAUCACUGGACCAGUUGCAAAAGAAUGUGCAGACCUUUGGCCCCGUAUUGCAUCAAACGCGAGCUCCAUUUCCUAAGUGUAACUAAGGGGGCAAAUAAAGGGGUCUGUGUUA